UACCUAAAACAGACCGAAUUGCCUGUUGGACCUCCCGCAUAUCGCAUACGGACAUUUUGGAAACGAACAUGAGGAAUUCUUUGCGGGCCACUUUGGCCUUGGCGAUUCUUGUAGUAAUCGUAGGCGUACACGGUCAACAUGAUCCUCAUUUUUGGGGUGGACACAGCGGAAUUGUGCAUCUUUUCGAGUGGAAGUUCUCCGACAUUGCAUUGGAGUGUGAGAGAUUUUUGGGACCACGUGGCUUUGGAGGAAUUCAGCUUUCGCCAGUGAAUGAGAAUGUCAUCAUUCAUUUGGGGAGUAAUCGUCCAUGGUGGGAACGGUACCAGCCAGUGUCGUUCAAGCUAGAAACCCGUUCAGGAAACGAGCAAGAUUUCCUGGAUAUGUCUCGACGCUGUAACGCAGUUGGAGUUCGCCUGUAUGUCGACAUUAUCAUCAAUCAUAUGGCUGCCCAACCAGGGGUUGGAAUUGGCGGUUCUAUCUCUAAUCCUGGCGAUCGAGAUUUUCCAGCUGUCCCAUUCACCGCGCUUGAUUUCAACCCAUCGUGUGAAAUUACUGAUUGGGGUAAUGCUUGGCAAGUGAGAAAUUGUGAGCUGGUAGGACUGCCAGAUUUAGAUCAAAGCCGAGAAUGGGUUCGGGACAGGUUCGUAGAAUUUUUGGACCAUUUGAUCGAGCUUGGAGUGGCUGGAUUCCGAGUUGAUGCUGCCAAGCAUAUGUACCCGCAUGAUAUGGAAGUGAUCUUCAACCGGCUGAGAAACCUCAAUACGAACUUUGGAUUUGCUCCAGGAUCACGUGCGUUCAUGAUGCAAGAAGUCAUUGAUGGGGGUGAUCAUGAGCCAAUUCGUAAAUGGGAGUACAAUCAUCUCGGAACGGUAACUGAGUUCCAGUACUCGUUCUAUAUCGGACGUGCUUUCACUGGUGGCGACAUGCUUGUUUGGCUGCAAAACUUUGGAGAAGAUUGGGGCUUUUUGCCGUCCAGAGAUUCACUUGUAUUCGUAGAUAAUCAUGAUAACCAGCGUGAUCAUGCCUUAACUCAUAAAUCGCCAAAGGCUUACAAGAUGGCUACCGCAUUCGCUGCCGCUUAUCCUUUUGGCCAACUUCGUAUCAUGAGUUCAUUCUUCUUCGACGAUAGAGAUCAAGGACCGCCUCAGGACGGUAAUGGUAACAUCAUUUCUCCAUCGAUCAAUGCCGAUCAAUCAUGUGGAAACGGAUGGGUUUGUGAACACCGUUGGCGUCAAAUUACUAACAUGAUCAACUUUAGAAACGUUUGUUGGGGAACUCCUGUGCAAAACUGGUGGUCAAAUGGUGCAAAUAAGAUUGCAUUUGCUCGUGGUAAUUGCGGAUUUGUGGCCUUCAAUAACCAACAUCAGCAGGACAUGCUUGAAAUCCUUCAAACUGGUCUUCCCGCUGGAGUUUAUUGUGACGUUAUUUCUGGUGACAAAGUAGGACAUUCGUGCACAGGAAAAUCUAUCACGGUUCUUGCUGAUGGUCGUGCUUCUAUUCACAUUCCUCAUGAUGGUGAGGAUGGAGUUUUGGCCUUCCACAUUGAGUCUCGCAUCUAAGCCAACGUUGGAUUAAGCACGAUAGAUGAUGCCCAGAAAGAUGGAAACCUAAACUUAUGUAAAACACAAGCUUACUGUUGUAUAUAUUGGUGUUGUUGUAUUGAUAUAGAUCGUAUCUGCUAUCAUUCAUUUUCAUUAUGGAAAGGUAGCCUGAUAUUCGUCAAAAAUAAAUUUCAAAUGAAUCUUACUCUUCUGGUAAA